AUGGUCAAUACUCCAUUAAGACGUCAUUUCAAAUCACUUUUUACUAAUUAUUCCGCUUCGCCUGGUUUAUCUGCAGCUCUGAAAAUUUCCGGAAUUUUUCGUCAUUAUGAUGCCUCUCAUCGACAGUUCACUUGUACAUUGAAGGACGAUGAAGCAUUGUAUGAUGCAUUGCAAAUACAAAUGAAUGAAAUUUAUAACAGUGAAAUUGAAUGUAAUGCUGCAUUAAGGAUAAAACAAACAGGUGUUUACGCAGCUCGUGUGAAUGGAUCCUGGAAACGUGUACGUGUUGACCAAAUUGAUUAUAAUAUAAAUCAAUGUUUCAUUGAAACAGUAGAUGAUGGACAAUUUCUAACACUUAAUCGUUAUGAGUUAUUUAUGUUGCAUCCGAAAUUUCUCACCGGUCAGUAUAAACGAACUUUUGGUGUGCGCUUUGUAUCACCGCAUAAAUCAAAGCAAAAUUCCCUAAUGGCAGCAGGUUUUAUUGAUGAACAAAGAUUGCAUAAUGGACAGUUAGUGAAUAUCUUUGUUUUCUCUGAUCGUGAACCAUUUUUAGCACUUCUUACUGAAGCUUUUGUAAGGGUUCAAGUAGAAAAGUUAAUUGAUGAUCUUGAUCCAGGAAGUGCAAGACUUUGGGCAACAACGCUAACCGGGGAAUCACGUCGAUGUCGCGGUGUAGCAUUUGGCUCAUAUACCAUGGCCAAUUUACCAUGUGAUAUUUGGUGUGACGUAACAGUUGUAGCAUUUGAAAGUUUAGAAGAUGUGCAAGUUCGAGGACCAGAGCAAUCAAUUCGUCUAAUGUAUCUCGAACAAUUUCUUGAAUCAGUGUACGAUAACGAGGAGCUACGUGGUAAAUUAGCUUUUGAGACAGGUGUGCAUAUCGGCGAGGGUUUAGCGUGCGUUGCAUGGGAUAAUGGCAAUCAACGUUGGGUGCGUGCUCGUGUGAUUUGUACUAGCGGAGAUCGUUCAGUGAUAGAUGUCACUUCCGUCGAUUACCCGUCUAUUACGUUACGUAGCUUGAAAUUCCGUGAUGGUGAAAUUUACAUGCUUCGAACGGAUUUGUUAUUUCCUCCACUAUGCUGUUCUAUUCGAGCAAUCGAUACCACUGAUAAGUUGGAAACGUUCACCAAAUCGACAGUAGCAAAAGAAGUCCUCCAAGUCGGGACCCAUGUACGUGUCUACUCUCCUGCGUCAUCAACCCUCUCAAUCAUUGAGCUCGUAAAUGGGCUAAAGCUUGAAGAAUACAUUGAACAUGCCCUGGAGGUGGAUUCCGUCCGUCGAUCAGGACUUGGACAAAACUAUUCAGAUAUUUUAGGAAACAUCGAUACAAGAAUAGAUCGGCUAUACUUAACUUCGGGCAGAGAUUCACAUGCUGAUAUGGCGUCUUUCUCAUCCAGCAUGAGUUUCCCGCGCACAGUGCUUGUUCCACAGGAACGCCACUUUGAACCCUUCAGUCAUUCACUGUCAUUAGGUUCACAGCGGCGAACAUUACCUUUGCGUUGUGGUGUCAGUUCUUUGCAACCAUCGCAACGGCAUUAUACAGGUGCGUUUAACACCUUAGCUGCAAAUCGUUUAAGGUCAAUUCCACCCUCACCUAUAAUGCCAGUUUCAUCAUUAUCAUCAUCAUCAUCAUCAUCAUCAUCAUCACCACAGUCACACUUCAAAACACCCAAAUUAUUUCCACGGUCAACGGUCGAACUUCCUGGAACACCUCUCAAAGAAAAUCCCUUCCGGAUAUCAUUUCCAUUGCAUAAAAAGCAACGAAAACCAUCAGUUUCUUCAUCUUCUUCUACGAAUUUCGAAAAUGACUAUUUAAAUAAAUCGCUUACUUCUUGCGAAUCAGAUAGCGAAAAUGAUGCUUUCAACAAGUCGGUCAGACGAAAACAGCAAUCAAAAGGACCAUCAGUCGUUAUAGUUCGGCCAUCUCCUCCACUACAAAAUUCCGACUCAUACUCUGAAAAUUCUGAUCCACGUGAGAAAUCAGUGCAGGUGGAAGUUCUGAGCAUAAACUGCGCGACAGAAAUCUUUUUAAGUACAGCAGAAACUAAAAUGCAAUAUGAGGCACUCAGAAAGAAGCUUUCAUAUAUAGAUGAUACUGACCUGCUAGAAGUAUCAGGAUCAUGGUGUUGUCAAAAUGAACAUUAUUUGUUUUGGUUUGAUGAUUGUUGGAAUCGAGUGAAAAUUUUGGCUCGUGAAGAUGAUGAAUGGAAAGUAUUAUGUGUGGAUACUGGCGAAGAGAAGUUUGUCGAGUAUAAUUCGCGAUUUUAUCGUUUGCCUAAGCGGCUGUCAAUCGAGGAAUGGCCUCCAACAUGUUUGGGACCACUUCGCUUGUCUGGUCCAAUGGAUGCACGGUGGUUGGGUAUUGGAGCACGUAUUUUUCUACGCAGCAUAUGCAAAGAAGCGCUACACUUAACGGCUCUGUUUGGCAAAGGCGAAAGCGAUCGAAGCAUAUUGUUGUACGAUGAAAGGGGACGUUGCCUGAAUGAUCAUUUCGUUAAAUUUGUCGAAAAACAAACGUUAAUCAAAUAG